CAGUCUCCAAAGAGGAGGUUCUAGGGGUCGCCUGAGCCUGGCCUGAGGGGAACCUCUGAUGUGAGAGGAGAAACAGCUCAUACCUGGUCUGAGAAGAGUCAGGGUGGGUUGGGCGCAGUGGCUUAUGCCUGUAAGCCCAGCACUUGGGAGGCCAAAGCAGGAGGAUUGUUUGAGCCCGGGAGUUUAAGACCAGCCUGGGAAACAUAGGGAUACCUCAUCUCUACAAAAAAAUACAAAAAAAAUCCAGGCAUGGUGGCCCGUGCCUGUAAUCCCAGCUACUCGGGAGGCUGAGGUGGGAGGAUCACUUGAGCCCGGGAGGUCGAGGCUGCAGUGAGCCAUGAGGCGCCCCUGCAUUCCAGCCUGGGCAACAGAGCCAGACUGUUUCAACAAAAACAACAACAAAGACUCAAGAUGGCCUUGGGGCAGGCCGUGGUGGGAGGGGAGACGUCCCUAGCCCUUGAGAAUUCCCAGGGGUUAUUAAAGAGGACUCUGGGAUGUUCCCUGGCAGAGCACAGCUUCGGGACCCCUCUGCCAGGAAGCCCGCCUGUCCUGGGGGACCCACUCCUACCAGGCUGGUUGCUCCCCACCUGCCCUCUGCCGGUGAGGGCACUUCUACACAUCCUGGCCUUCUCUUUCCUGUCUGGCUGGUUUGACUGCCCUGUCCACUCUGGCCCCACCCAGGAAGGCCGAUCCUGGUCCCCUCAAAGCCUCUACCCCAAAAACACAGCCGCCUCUUGGAACUAGGUCCCAGGGUCCUCAGCACCUGUCAGUGCUGGUCUCAGCUCCCAGGGGCCAUGGGCCAUCCAUCCCUGCCAUCCCAAUUCAGGAUCUAAGUCCUGAGGCUCCCAGCAGGGCCUCCAGCCUCCUCCACGUCUCUCUGUGAUGUCCCACAAUGGACUAAGGAGACUCAAUAUCUGGUCCCAAGUCUCGCCCCGACAGCCCCCCACUCUCCUCACAUCUCCCUAUCCUGUCUCAGUGGAUGAGGGGCCUGGCAGAAUCCCUCACUCACUUGACUACCUUGUCCCUUCAAGCCGGCCCUCCUCAGGUCACUCUCACCACACACUUUUUCUUUGCCCCCACCAAACAUGGCAGGAGUUAUCUACACUCGUGGUGCACCCCCAUUUCCAAGACCCUAGCAUUUGGGGUUUUCCUGCUACCUUGUCUGUGUCAGCAGUGACCGCCCCGUGGCCACGCCUGAGGGUUUCCUUUGUCUCUCUUGUUCUGAUUCUUCAAGGCCCCUUCGAUCUUCCUGACACUUGCUCCUCUUCCCCACACCUCUCUCUCCCCGUGCUCCUUGGGCACUGGAGGUUCCUCCCGGGCCCUUGUCCACCCCCACACCCUCCCUAGGGUACAUCACCCUUCCCCAUGGCUUCCACGCCUCCUUUCUGUGCUGACAACUCCCAAACUCUCUCCUGCAUCCCCUUGGGGACCCAGCAGCUUCUGCACACCUUCCCCAGGUCCCUGGUUUUUAGGAGGUUGUGUGGGUGGUGGUUCAGAGCUUGGCGCUGGAGCCAGGCUGCUUAGGGUCAGAGGCUGUCUCUGGCAGUCACUCGGGUGACCUUAGGCAUUUUAUUUUAUUAUUUAUUUAUUUAUUUUUAUUUUUUGAGACAGAGUCUCACUCUGUCGCCCAUGCUGGAGUGCAGUGGUGCACUCUUGGCUCACAGCAACCUCUGCCUCCUAGGUUCAAGCGAUUCUCAUACCUCAGCCUCCUGACCUCAGCCUCCCGAGUAGCUGGAACUACAGGUGUACACCACCACGCCCAGCUAAUUUUUGUAUUUUUAGUGGAGACGGGGUUUUGUCAUGUUGGCCAGGCUGGUCUAGGGGAGAUGCAGAGAAGGCAGUCUCAAACUCCUGACCUCAGGUGAUCCGCUCGCCUUGGCCUCUCAAAGUGCUGGGAUUACAGGCGUGAGCCACUGCUCCUGGCUAGGCACUUUAAAAACUUCUUUGUGCCUUGAUUUUCUCUUCCAUAAAAUCCCUACUUUGUAUGUUGUAAGGGAUCAGAUAAGACUUCUAAAGCACUUCAUCCUUGUUUAAAUGUUUUGAUGUUAAAUUUUCUUUUCCUUUUUUUUUUUUUUUGAGAUGGAAUUUCGCUCUUGUUGCCCAGGCUGGAGUGCAAUGGCGCAAUCUUGGCUCACCGCCACCCCCGCCUCCCACGUUCGAGCAAUUCUCAUACCUCAGCCUCCCAACCUCAGCCUCCCGAGUAGCUGGGACUACAGGCAUGUGCCACUACACCCGGCUAAUUUUGUAUUUUUAGUAGAGACGGGGUUUCUCCACGUUGGUCAGGCUGGUCUCACUCCCGACCUCAGGUGAUCCACCGGCCUCGGCCUCCCAAAGUGCUGGGAUUACAGGCAUGAGCCACCGAGCCUGGCCCGAUGUCAAAUAUUCUAAUCCGGCUGGAGUGGUGGCUCAUGCCUACAAUCCCAGCACUUUGGAAGGUUGAGGCAGGAGGAUCACUUGAGGCCAGGAGGAUCACUUGAGACCAGCCUGGACAACAUAGUGAGACCCCAUUUCUACAAAAAAUUAAAAAGAUAAAUAAAAAUGAAUACUUUUUUUUUUUUUUUUUUGAGACAGAGUCUCGCUCUGUCACCCAGGCUGGAGUGCAGUGGUGCAAUCUCGGCUCACUGCAACCUCCACCUCCCGGGUUCAAGCUAUUCUUCUGCCUUAGCCUCCCAAGUAGCUGGGACUACAGGCGCCCUCCACUACACCUGGCUAAUUUUUAGUAUUUUUAGUAGGGAGUUUCACCGUGUUAGCCAGGAUGGUCUCGAUCUCCUGCCUUGGCCUCCCAAAGUGCUGGGAUUACAGGCGUGACCCACCGCACCCAGCCAAAAAUAAAUACAUUUUCUAAUUUGGCCUCAACAUCUCCCCCAAGCUGCUUCUUAUCCAUGUCCAUUUCUCGGGGACUGCCCCUUCAUGCCAGAGCCCUAGGCCUGGUCUUAGACAGCUCCCGCCUUUCCCCUAAACUGUCGGUCUCCCGGCUGCUCCUCCUGGCCUUCUGAGUGUCUUAUCCAUUGGCCUUGCCCUCCCUUCCCCAACCUCUCCCAUCUGUGCCCUGUUCUGGACUCUUUCCCUGGCUUGCGGCUUCCACUCUCACCUGCUCCAACCUAUCCUUUUUCAUACAGUAACUUUCUGACACUCAUAUCUGGCCCUGCCGUCCCCUGCUCAAAGCCCUUCUGUGGCUCCCCAGUGCCCUCAGAACACAGUCCAAACUCCUUAGCCUGGCAUUCAGGGCCUUUUACAACCUUACCCUGCAGUAGCCACAGGCUGGGACAGGAGUUUUCUGAACACAGACACACACACAUCACAUCUCCCAAGCUCAAGAAGCCCACCUUUCCUCACUCCUGCCUUAUCCCCAUGCCUGCCUUAUCCCCAUUCCUGUAUGCCCAAGGCCCACGAUUAGACUCCCCUCUGUCAACACUUCACCUGUUUGGUCUUUGCAAGGUUCUGCCACUGGGCGGGGGAGGGGGCCCAGCCUGGCACCCCACCCCCACUCCAGCCAGGGCUCAGGUCUCCAACAACAGAACCAGAGCCACUCAACAGCGCUGGAACCCAGCGAUGAGGGCCUGGGGCCCCUCAUCCCAAACCAGGAGGGCUUUUGGGGAGGGCUGCAGCCCCUCACAGACUGACAGUGUGGCCUGGGGGCUUGGGGGUGCCAGGGAAGCAGGGGCCAACCUCAUAGGAGGAGGCACGAGUGCGGUUCUCUUUCCCCCACUGGUGGGCCCGCUGUGUCGGCGGCCAGGCGGGAGGCCUGGGCGGCAGAGCCAGUGGCACAGGGGCCUGGGCAGGGCAGUGUCUGGCAGCAGCGGCACCAUGGCCACCAUCCAGUCGGAGACCGACUGCUACGACAUCAUCGAGGUCUUGGGCAAGGGGACCUUUGGGGAGGUAGCCAAGGGCUGGCGGCGGAGCACGGGCGAGAUGGUGGCCAUCAAGAUCCUCAAGAACGACGCCUACCGCAACUGCACCAUCAAGAACGAGCUGAAGCUGCUGCACUGCAUGCGAGGCCUAGACCCUGAGGAGGCCCACGUCGUCCGCUUCCUUGAGUUCUUCCACGAUGCCCUCAAGUUCUACCUGGUCUUUGAGCUGCUGGAGCAAAACCUUUUCGAGUUCCAGAAGGAGAACAAUUUCGUGCCCCUCCCUGCCCGCCACAUCCGUACAGUCACCCUGCAGGUGCUCAGAGCCCUGGCCCGGCUCAAGGAGCUGGCGAUCAUCCACGCUGAUCUCAAGCCUGAGAACAUCAUGCUGGUGGACCAGACCCGCUGCCCCUUCAGGGUCAAGGUAAUUGACUUCGGAUCCGCCAGCAUUUUCAGCGAGGUGCGCUACGUGAAGGAGCCAUACAUCCAGUCGCGCUUCUACCGGGCCCCUGAGAUCCUGCUGGGGCUGCCCUUCUGCGAGAAGGUGGACGUGUGGUCCCUGGGCUGCGUCAUGGCUGAGCUGCACCUGGGCUGGCCCCUCUACCCGGGCAACAACGAGUACGACCAGGUGCGCUACAUCUGCGAAACUCAGGGCCUGCCCAAGCCGCACCUGUUGCACGCCGCCCGCAAGGCCCACUACUUCUUCAAGCGCAACCCCCGCCCUGACGCUGCCAACCCCUGGCAGCUCAAGUCCUUGGCUGACUACCUGGCCGAGACGAAGGUGCGCCCACUGGAGCGCCGCAAGUAUAUGCUCAAGUCCUUGGACCAGAUUGAGACAGUGAACAGUGGCAGUGUGGCCAGUCAGCUAACCGUCCCCGACCGGGAGGCACUGGCGGAGCACGCCGACCUCAAGAGCAUGGUGGAGCUGAUCAAGCGCAUGCUGACCUGGGAGUCACACGAACGCAUCAGCCCCAGCGCUGCCCUGCGCCACCCCUUCGUGUCCAUGCAGCAGCUGCGCAGUGCCCACGAGACCACCCACUACUACCAGCUCUCGCUGCGCAGCUACCGCCUCUCGCUCCAGGUGGAGGGCAAGCCCCCCACGCCUGUGAUGGCCGCAGAAGAUGGGACCCCCUACUACCAUCUGGCUGAGGAGAAGGAGGCCGCAGGUAUGGGCAGUGUGGCCGGCAGCAGCCCCUUCUUCCGAGAGGAGAAGGCACCAGGUAUGCAAAGAGCCAUCGACCAGCUGGAUGACCUGAGUCUGCAGGAGGCUGGGCAUGGGCUGUGGGGUGAGACCUGCACCGAUGUGGUCUCCAACAUGAUGGCCCCCCUCAAGGCAGCCAUCACUGGCCGCCACAUGCCCGACUCGGGCCCCGAGCCCAUCCUGGCCUUCUAUAGCAGCCGCCUGGCAGGCCGCCACAAGGCCCGCAAGCCACCUGCAGGUUCCAAGUCCGACUCCGACUUCAGCAACCUCAUCCGGCUGAGCCAGGUCUCGCCUGAGGACGACAGGCCCUGCCGGGGCAGCAGCUGGGAGGAAGGAGAGCAUCUCGGGGCCUCUGCUGAGCCACCGGCCAUCCUGCAGCGAGAUGGGGAUGGGCCCAACAUUGACAAUAUGACCACGGAAGCUGAGAGGCCAGACCCUGAGCUCUUCAACCCCAGCAGCUGUCCUGGAGAAUGGCUAAGUGAGCCAGACUGGACCCUGGAGAGCGUCAGGGGCCCACGGGCUCAGGGGCUCCCACCCUGCCGCUCCCACCAGCAUGGUCCACCCAGGGGGACCACCAGCUUCCUCCAACAUGUCACCGGGCACCACUGAUGGUGAUUCCACCCCUGCCCAUCACUGGAGGCUGCGCUAGCUGGGCUGGCAUUCCCUCCCAACCUGAACUGCUCCUCAGAGCCACCUCCCGAACCCACAAAUUAUUCUUACAGAAAGAUAGUUACCCGGAAAUUCUCAUUCCCCGUCUGUGGUGUGUGCGUGCCUGCACACCUCUCCUAAACACAGCAAGGCUUUGGAGUCUGGCCCAUGCUCCUUGGCCAGAAGGACAGCAGGAAAGGGGGCUGCACCCCGCUGGCCCUGUGCCUGCCCUCAGCCCUGCUGCCUCUUGUCUAUUUCAAUAUAGAACUGUUCAGCA